ACGUCAUGUAGCCAUGUAGGUUGAUCUGUGCGAUGCUGAACGCUUUUCACUGCUAUCUGUCUAUAAUCGUUUGGUACGCACGGGACCAACAUCGGCCGUGUAUUUCGUGCGUGGCCUCCUGCAGUUUUCGCUGAGUCUGAAAAGGAAUGGUGGCAUGGCGUCGGGACCCAGUGAUCUCGGUGACAUACAACGUGAAAUCCCCUGCGUGGAUUUCGGACGGCUCACAGCCAGGAUCAAGAGCAUUUCGCUGAAGUUGAAGGCCUGCGGGGUAGACCUCGAAAAGCCAUGCAGCAAGACAGUGCAGAACGCGAGCCGCUGUUGGAUAACGUAUCACUUGCCCGCACUGAAUGAUUCGUUGCGAGUCGUUUCGAUGCACAUCUUCGAGCAUGCUCCUGGCAAGUUCGCGCUGAGUUCCGUUCCGAACGUCAACACAGAUUACCAGAAACUCGAGUGCACCCUUCUCGAGAGUGCCACGUUGGUGUACUCGCUGCUGAAAGAGCACCGAUGCAUCACGCGUCUGGACGUGGGUGAUACAGCGGUUUUGUUCUGCUACUUCCCUAAGGUACUUUGCAAAGCGCUGCGGCAGAACAAAGGACUAGUGGAGGUCCGCGUUUGUCCCAGGGACGUCAGAGGUGUUUGGCGCGAAACGCACGCUUUGACCCUCCUGUCUUCCACCCUCUCAAGGUUGUCUCCGGGGCUCGAUGUCUUGGACAUCAACGAGCUCACGCCGACCGUCGAGUCGGUAGGAGGAAUCGCCGAGGCGGUUAGAAGAGGCCGCUUGCGCCACCUCGUUAUCUGGAACGGCACGGCGACCAAGAUUGCGAGGAGAUUGUUCCGCGCCGUCGAGUGUUCUUCCUCCUUGAGCGUCCUUGAAAUCGGGGGCACCAGGAGAUUACCACUAUCGAACGCCACCAUCUUGUCGGAUGCUUUGAAGCACAACAAAACGCUGCGAAAGCUUUCCAUAGAAUGGUUGGGGAAUGACGCUGUCGGAACGCUGCUCAAAUCCCUGAAAGACAACACAACCUUGGAGGAGCUGGCACUUGUCUACUCGUACGACGAACCGAACUCCAUCCUUUGGGAAGGCUUCGAGGCUCUACGUGUGAACCGUGGACUUAAGUGCCUGAAACUCGUCGACGUUAACCUAACCAGCAGCUGCGCGAUAAUCAUCGCGGAUACUCUGCGUGAGAACGACGCGCUCCAAGAAGUCUGUCUUUCCCAGAACAGGAUCACCGAUCUCGGAGCUGGCGCGCUAGCCAAGGCCUUGCAACAAAACUCGACUUUAAAGCGCCUGGACAUCUCUGAGUGCAUGUUGAGUUGGGAAGCCUUAUCGAGCUUCUUAGAAUCGCUCUCGCUCAACACAACGGUCGAGUACGUUCGACUCGGGCUCGUUGACGUUCCGGAAACGUGGACACCGAGUUCGCCACUUACUGCGAACCUCUGCGCUCGCCUGGAUGUCAAGUGGAACACGCGUGCUCUCGAAGAAUGGGCUGCGUCGCUACGACAAGGGGAACACCACUUUCAGCGACUCUUUGUUGGCUGGACUGCGGAUGCCAAGUCGUCUGGCGUCGUUCACUGGUUCGACGCGGUGCGAGCGAGCGGCGUCUCAAUCACAGAACUCGUCAUCAACUGCCCCGGAACAGUCGCUCAAGAGUACGUCGAGACUACGGUGUCACUUCUGGAGAGCACGAGUUCCGUGAAGAAGCUUACCGUGCAGUUGACGCACCGCUCCUACAGCUACAUGAUCGCCAUUAUCCGGGGCCUUUCCCGUAACAAGAGCGUGAGCGAGGCCGCGUUCAACCAAUCCCUUCAUACAAACCAGGAUCUCAAAGCGCUGCAAGAAUUGAUGCGCAAGAACCGGACCUUGCAUCGUCUGGCCUUCAAGGCUCACUAUCUCACAGAGCACGCCGUCCGGUCUCUGGCGCGCGCUUUAGAGGACAACUUCGUUCUUCUUGCUUUCGACUUCGACCUAUCGCCUCCCGUCAGCUUGUCUCCGAUCCUUAGCAUCCUCGACAGGAAUCAGUCGCUUCUCAAUCGCGCCGUCGACUGCGUGUUGAACUCUUCCGUGGACGAGGAGUCGAUACGGGCACUGCGCCUUCUCUCCGAAAAAGACUCGCUGCUCGAUGCAGUUGCUGACGUUUCGGGCAAGGGACGCGAUGAAUGCAGGAGCCUAGUGCAGGCAUCAGUUCGCCGCCUAUAGAGUGCGUUGAAAAAUGUGUAACGUCGCCAGUUCUGAGGCGAGGUUGUGUAGAAAAUAGAGUGCCAAGUGAAAAGCGUGAUCUAUCUUUGGCAGCCAUUCACACCACCCUGCAUAUAAACGCGCAGGACUUCAUUUGAAGUGUCCUUUGAAUUUACUUCGCCUCACUCACUGUUGCGGAAAUCAUGCAUCACAUACGUUUGCGUUUAAACAGAAAAUAUGUCGAAUGCAACAGUAAGUCAGUAAAAGCGCGACAGAAUUUCUAUAGUGACUGUUGUUAGGGCUCCCACUUCCCCACGGUUUUCCUGUCAAGUGGAUGUUCUCUCCUUAAAGCUUGCUGUUCGGCUACUUUGCAUCUUCAGAAAAGGAAUGGCUCAGAAAUAUGCAAGGGCGAGAAAAGGCGAUGUUCGGGAGAGCCGCAAACUGUGCCAGCUGCCGAACACUCGUUACAGAUAGCGGAAACGGAGCAGCCGAAAAAAAUGAAAUGAAAUUGUCUGUUUUGUUUUUUAUUUGAACUCGGCGCAGUAGCGCAGUGGCAAUGGCAUUGCGCGGCUGAGGUCGCGGUUUCGAUCUCGCCGAUUUGCAUUCCGAUGUGGGCGGAAUGCAAGAACGCUGGUAAGUUAAUUUAGGUGCACGUUAUGCAAAGGGCCCCAGGUGGUUAAAAAAAAACGAGUCAUUUACUACGGCGUUCCCCGCAAUCAAAUUGUGGUUUUUGCUUGUAGCACCCCAGAAUAUUUUUCUUUCCUCAGUUUCCGCUACAUGAUUUACAGACUAUAUGAGGGAACUUGUGUGGACCAUCGUUAUCACCGCGCGUUUUCGCGUCAUGUGUUCACAAUACGGUCCACGGAAGUUAUAACUCGGCUUUCGCGUCCCUGGUGUAAACCCGUGGUGUAAACGAAACGAAACACUUGUGGUGCGAAGUCUGAGCAAACAGCGAAGCUGGCGGCUCUUCCCUAGUUCUAACUUGGUUCUCUCUUAGCUUUAACUUGGCCUUUUCAUUAGCUUUAACUUGGUUCUCUCUCGAGCGUCGUCGUUUUCAUUCACUCCUGGCACGUUGGCGCACCUCGGCGCAACCGCGCGAACUCGCUCGUGGCAUUGCUCCCGCGUUCGUCGUCGUCGUCUUUGGCUCCGUUGCCGCUCAUCAUUCCAGCGUAGAAUUUCACUUCUGUUGGGUAGUGGGACGCGCAGAGCUGCUGCCGACGCCGACCGCGUUUCCCCGCGUUCGCGCCGAACGCGCCCAGUGUCCGUCACUGCAACCGAUGCCUCUUGCGGCGGACUUUCGGUUAGGUAUUAUUUUAUUAGAUGCAAUCAAGCGGUAAACUAUGAAAGAGUAGAACGAGGUGCAUAACUUUCUUGCGCGCGGGCAUAGGUUCAAUAAACAAAUGCGUAGUGUUUGACUCGGAACAUACUCCAACUGUAGCUUCAUGUUCAAUUUCGACCUUUAUUAAAAAAUAACAGUCGUGCAAAAGCCAGAGGACAGUAAAAUGAAAAUAGCAGCUCAUCUUAUCGCUCAGAUAAAAAAAAAUGUCACAGUUUCGCCCUAAGGGCGAAGCAAUGAAUGCGAUAGCAAUGAAUGCAACACAGCAAUGUCAUACGAAGUAAGGUGAGCGGCUUUGGUAGCAGUAUGAAUUGUAGUAAACAUGAGCUAAUUAAGUAAGCAGGUGUGCUGCGGCGUAAGUAGACCGACAUGAAGAGAGACUCGAUGACCACGAGAAGGCGCGUGUGAAACGGUGGUGUUGAUGAGAAGCGCUUACCGUGGGCAGCGCGUGCGAAGGGACACACCUGUAGCGCUGCACUGCCGAUCUGGGCAGCAUUGCAUGUGUAGCGUACGUUGGAAAAUGUGGCCCGACUAUUACUAACUGAAUGAACAAGCGUGGUGUGAGCGCGCACAAACAAACAUGAAUAGAUCACACUGAAUGACUGCAGCCAACGACUGUCAAAACGCUGGCAGCGAGCGCAUACGCCGCGCAGCGGGCGAAGGUACGUGCGGUCUAUCGCUUCAACGGAAACUGAGCGGCGAAUGCACGGCGCAUAAAAGUCAGCGAGCCGUGUGGAGAUAAGAGACUGUGCGGGCGAGCGAGCGACGAGCG